AUGGGCACCUCCAGCAUCUGUCUGUGCCUCCUGUUCCUCUGUGGGGCACUGGGUCUCACCACGUCCCCCACCCGGGGACGGCUCCGCUGUUACACCUGCAGCUUCAGCAAACCCUGCUAUCCUGUUCUCACCGAGUGUCAGGAUGACGAAGUUUGUGGCAUCAGUAUCGGCACCUCAGAGCAGAGCGAGAUCAUCGAGCGGAAAGGCUGCCUCCCAAGGGCCCAGUGCCCUCUGCAGGGCCAUGCCACCUACUGGUCACGCUCCUAUGCUCUGCGGCACCACUGCUGUGAGCAGAACCUGUGCAACACAGCCACCGUGCUGCAGCGGCUCCCCAGCCCCCUCCUCAUCACCCUGCUCCUCCUCGUGGCCAGCUUCAUGUGGGGAGCCCACCUCCUCCACUAG